UGGCCACAAACACCCCCUGUGCCCCGAACAUUGAAAAAGGUCUCCACCUGUAAACUGGGUUUGCCCUCUGUAGGCCUACACGGACGGCCACCAUGGAGACAGAACCCUCCCCCUCCAUGCCUUGAGACUGGCAACGCAGAGCAGCAACACACAGACGCACAGAACCAGACAGAGAAAGAGAGAGAGAGUGUGUGAGUGAGUGAAAGAGUGAGAGAAGAAGAAAGGAAGUAAAGUAAGGGGUAACAAACCGUGGAAUAGAAUGGAGUCUCUCUUCAGGAGCCUCCCACUGUGGCACAGGAAGUGAAGUACAGCGAGAGAGGAGAGGAAAAGAGAGGAGCAGAGGAGAAGACUGGAGGGACGCGCCCACUGAACUCGAGGAACAAGCUGUUCGGGAAUCUCCUGCAAGGAGCUGAGGGGGAGCAAGCGUGCGAGUGACAGGCCCCCCUGGAAGAGCAGCACUUCCACACGCCCUCCUCUGGAUUUUACACACACACCACCUCCAAACACAGCACAGAAGAAGAGUGAAGGAGGUAAAGGGGGAUUGUUGGAGGAGAGGGCACAGGGAAAAGAGCGGGAGGAGAGUUACAGAGAGAGAGAGAGAGAGAGAGAGAGAGAGAGAGAGAGAGAGAGAGAGAGAGAGAGAGAGGGGGGAACUUAAGUAACAGGAAACACUCGGUACACCAACAGGUUAAGGAGUGGAAGGAGCGAUAGAAGAGUAAGAACGAGAGAGAGAAAGAGCAAGGAACGAGAGAGGGAUGGAGGCCUUGCUGCCCGUGUUGCAGCAGCAUUCGGGACUCUCUGUGCUGGCCUGUGCGGUGGCCUUCCGCUGCGUCCACUACAUGCUGCGGAACCUUCCAGUGCCCGAUGAGGUGCAGCAGGAUGCGUUCCGCUUCUGGAAGUGGAGGAACCUGUCGGUGUCGCUGGUCCAUUCCCUGGUGACCGGUGUCUGGGCUGUGACCUGCUUGGUCCAGGAGCCAAUGAUGCGACAGGACAUCUUCUCCUACUACACCCCAGCUUCAUAUCUCCUCGUCUGUGUUUCCUCAGGGUACUUUGUACAGGAUGCUUGUGACAUCAUCCUCACAGGUCAUGCGAAGGGCUCAUGGGAGUUCUUGAUUCAUCAUUUUCUGGUGCUGUGCAGCUUCCUGUACACGUUGUUCAUGCAGCAUUACGUGGCGGGCGCAACCAUCGCCCUCCUGGUAGAGGUGAACAGUGUCACGCUGCACAUGCGACUGAUGCUCAAGCUGGCGGGGGCCCAGUUCUCUCCGUUCUACAACUUCAACAAGUUGCUCAACGUCUUCACCUACGUUUCCUUCCGUCUGAGUGCCCAGUUUUUCCUCACCUGGUACAUCAUGCACAACUACAGCUGGCUGGAUCACGCCGGCUACUUCAUGGUCACCAUGAUCAUCAUGAACGUGAUGAUCCUGAUCUACUUCUACAGACUGCUCCGUGCUGAUUUCUUCCCGCGACGGAAGACCAGCAGCGCGGUACAGAAUGGCACACACAGCAGCAGCGCCACCCCCAGGUUCCUCAACGAAUGAGGAAGAGGAGGGGAAGCUUUAGAAAAAAACCUUUCUGUUUGUUUGUUUUUUUUGUUUUGUUUUUUUGAUCUAGGUUGAUUUUGUGUGUGCUUGGUUACCUUGGAGGUCCCAAACAAACAUGUUUCCAUGGCUCCCGCAUCUCACACCCUUCAAGUGCUCCCAUUAAAACCAAGCGAAGUGCUUUGGAUCUGAACAGCCAGCCAGCCGUGUGCAGUGUUUUUGCCUCAACGCCAGUGUACUUCUGCAACGUUUACAUAAUGCUUGACUAAACCCUGCAUACUCAAAUAUCCCACAUAUCUCUUUGUGUGUUGGUGGUACGCCAGUGAGAGGCAGCAAAGAGGACAGCUACCUCAGUGCAGACCUAGGUAGAGCCUCACUUCACAUGAAGCCCCAUACAGGCUGAAAGGCUGUAGACUGAUCAAUUUACCACCAUGCCGGACUCUGGCUGGUCAUAUCAUGCGGGUUGUGAUUGACCCUAAUGUGUUUGUAUGUAUGUAGCCUAGCAUUUGAACUGACAAUGUUUUAUGUCCAUCUGUCAUAGUACGUUGUUAAGGACAUUUAGUAGUGUUAGACAUUAAGCUGUAUUUUAGUAGGGAUUUUUUUUUUUUAAGGAGCCAUGGCUUCGCACUGAAAAGAAAAGUUAUUAAAAUUCAACAUCAGACAUGAAUGAUAAGUGGUGAAAUGCACUUUUCUCCAGACUGUUAUUGCAAAUCAGGACAACCAGGAUAAGUAAGGAUUUUGCUAACAUCUCACCUGUAAGCCAUGUGUCAAAGCACUAUACAGCAAGACCAUAUAUCUUGGCUUCUACUGACAGUUAAGCAGUGUGUUACAAAUCAGGCAUAAAGACCACACAUGGCUGCAAAGGGAAGUUGUAGUAGGUGUUGACUGUUCAUUUCCCUUCUUUCAGUUUGACCUUUGAAGAGGUUCCAGUCAAAAUUAGAAGAUGGAUAGCUACAAAAGCAGAUCUGAACCGAAAAUGUGACUCAUCACUUUUGGUUUUUAAACUAUUUAUUCACAGGUGACAAAUAAAUCUAUACAUGGUCUUACAGUAGAUUUUGUGAGAAAGAGGUGGGCAUAGACCUUUAAAAAUGGUAUUAUGAUUUGGGCUGUGCAAGUCCAUGAUCAUAUAAAUAUUUGAGAUGAUAUCUUGAAACUUAAACUCUCAUAUUCAUGUUAGUGCUGUCUAAACAUAAUGAUUCCAGGGGAAUGAAAAUAUAACAAAGAGUAGAAUACAACUACACCGUUUUGGAGAAACCUUGCCUCAGAGUACUCCAAGAACACACUCUGUUUCAUGGUGUCCUUUUACUCUUAAAAAAAUAUAUGAAUAUUCUAUAAGAAAUAGAGAAAUGUGAAAGUUCCUGUCAGGAAAUUGUUAAAUGUGUGCAUCACAGUAUCAAAGGCAAAAUGAACAACUAAUUGUUUUAUUUUUUCAUUAGACUGGAAUGUUUCAAAAAAUAAAUGAUAUCUUAAAGAGAAA